GCCAUGCAAAGAGAAUAUUUUAUCAGCAGAAGAAGAGAUGACAGACGAGAAGCGACAGGCGGUCUACCUGGACAUGGAUCACCUGCUGCUGGUGCUGCUGUUGCUGUGGAGCUCAGGACUCCAGGCUGAAGGAAAUCACACCUCAACAGGUGCUCGGUGUGAAACCACAGCCAAGGCUGACAUCGUGCUGUUGGUGGACGGCUCCUGGAGCAUCGGCCUAAAAAACUUUGCAAUCAUCCGGUCCUUUGUCAGUAGAACACUCGAUGAAUUCUUCAUCGGCCCAGACCGAGUCCAGAUUGGUCUGGUUCAGUACAGUCAUGAUCCACACACUGAGUGGCACCUGAACACCCACCAGACCAAGUAUUCUCUGCUGAAGGCCAUACGCACGAUGCCAUACAGAGGAGGAAGCACCAAUACAGGAAAGGCUCUUAACUACACCCUGAAGAACAACUUCCAGCCCGAUGUGGGAAUGCGUGCAGACUCCAAAAAAAUUGCUGUCUUGCUGACUGACGGACAGUCCAGUGAUGACGUCCGGCUCCCCUCGAAGAAGCUGAAGGAUGCUGGGAUAGAGAUCUACGCUAUUGGUGUGAAGGAUGCUCCUGAGAAUGAGCUGACAUUCAUCGCCUCCAAUCCCGAUGAAAUUCACGUUUACAGUAUCGAGGACUUCUCAAUUCUGCCAGACAUCAUCAGCAGCCUCACUAUCAAUCUCUGUAGCAGUGCUAAUAGCUUAGUCUUUGUCAGGCUGGUGAAUGGGACUGGUCUGUGUUCAGGCAGACUGGAGGUGAAGUCUAACCAGUCUAACCAGUAUAACCAGAGGUGGCCCUCAGUGUGUGAAGCUGACUUUGACCAGCAGGAUGCAGAGGUGGUCUGUAGGGAGCUUGUUAAACUCCGAAGUUGGCAAGAAAUGCUGAGACUCGGCAACCUGUUCUUACUCCCCGAGUCGUCACUUAUUGACGCUACCUUGACUGCGAAGCCCUAA